GGUUUAUCUUGUCCAGCCGUUGCUUGUCAACAUGCGAGGUCCUUUGUCUGCCGUGAUCCUUUCACUGGCUUGCAGCGCAAUCGGAGUUCCAGCUCCCGAUGCAGCAGCGGCAUACCCUAAUCCUCUUGCUCUGCAGGGACCCUCCUUCUUCGUCCAUGAUCCCAGUUUAGUCCAGCGCCAAAGUGAUGGAAAAUAUUUCCUCUUUACGACCCACGAUAAAGGUGGCAUUCUGACAGCGACACAAUUGGCAGGUCCGUGGACGGAAGUUGGUUCCAUCUUGCCGAACGAUUCCACGAUUCAGCUUCCCGGGCGUGACGACAUAUGGGCACCCGACGUGUCCUACCACAACGGCCAGUAUUACGCAUACUACUCGGUGUCCACCUUCGGUUCUCAGAAUUCGGGGAUCGGGUUGGCAACUAGCCCCACCAUGGACCCUGGUACAUGGACAGAUCACGGACUCGUGAUACAGUCUACCACGGGUGCCCAAUACAAUUGUAUCGACCCGAACUUGAUCGUAGGCGGCGAUGGCGUACCACGGUUAUCAUUUGGUUCUUUCUGGAAUGAUAUUUUCCAAGUGCAAUUGGGGUCGAACCUUCAAAGUACCGUCGGCUCGCCUGCACAACUGUCCUACAAUGCUACGGGUUCUCAUGCUGAAGAGGGAUCUUUCAUAUGGCAACGCGGCUCCUAUCACUAUCUGUUCAUCAGUAGUGGUACUUGCUGUGGCUUCGAUCCGAAUAAUUUACCAGCGCCUGGGGAUGAGUAUAAGGUGUUCGUUGGUCGAUCGUCUUCGCCGAAUGGUCCUUUCGUCGACAAGUCGGGUGUCGACAUGCGCAAAACUGGGGGAACACUAGUUCUGGCUUCGCAUGGUAACGUAUAUGCCCCGGGAGGUCAAGCCGUCUUCCACGACACCAAAUCGAAUAAGGAUAUUUUCGUGUACCAUUAUGUGCCAGUGAAUUCGCCUUCGCCCUACAACGACUCUUACGCUACUCUUGGGCUGAACGGCAUCGAUUGGUCCUCAGGCUGGCCGGUCUUGACGAGUUUAUGACCGGGAUCACCGCGGCAAAGGGAGCGGUCCGUAUUGUCGUGUAGUGACGGUCCGUGUCUCUCCGUGCCCGCGGACUUGUAGGCGCAUGUACUACCAUCAGUACUGCGCACCAAUCGCAUCCCA